ACGAUUUGUCCCUUCGGCUCGCCGUAGCGCACACGGCGGGAUUGACUCGAAGCUGGGUACCGAAAGUGUCACAACAGCGUAGCAUCUACUUUUAUUUUGUUGCUUGGAAACUAGCGCAUGAUAAUCGGCUACCGUACACAGGACACACUGCAAGGUAACUUCCACGACAAAAAAAAGGUUCAGUGGCAGGGUUUCACCGUGUUGAAGAUGUGCUCGCUGGCGCUGUUCCCCCCUCCGCUGCCCUCCGGACAGACCACUCUGUGCGAGUCCAACAACGAGCUGCUGUCCGGGACCAGCACCGAAGACCGACCGAAACAGGAGUCUAGUCCUCUGAGUCUGUAUUUCCCCCGGGAGUCUCUGAAGCUCCACAGUCGUGCAGAAAGCAGCAGCAAGGCGGCAUUUCUGGAUCACUCAGAAACACUGUGGAUGAGGAGUGCAGCAGCGUGGCGAGAUGGUGGUUUCACAGGGCUACUCACUGAAAUUACCAACUCACAUACAGAGGUGCCUAAAUGGCUGUCAGUGAGUUCCGGUUGUACCCUGGCGUUGCUCCGAUGGGUCUCUUCUUUUCACGGAUCCUUGUUUCCUCAUCUCACAUUGAGCAGCGAGGACAUGAUAGCUGAGUUUUCACAAGUCCUGAACUGGUCUGACUGUGUGGUGCGAGCCUUCGCCUGGCAUCCUCACGCAGAUAAAUUUGCUGUAGCCCUCCUGGACGACUCCAUUAAGAUCUACAACCCCAAAAGUGCCACAACUCCCACACUGAAGCACCGUCUACAGAGGAGUGUGGCAGCGGUGCAGUGGAAGCCGCUGUGUGCGUCUGCUUUGGCUGUCGCCUGUCAAAACUGUUUACUCGUCUGGCACGUGGACCCCUGCUCACUGUCAACCAGGCCUUCAUCGGGUUGUGCUCAAGUUCUGUCUCAUCCUGGCCACUCCCCGGUCACUUCCAUCGCCUGGUCUCCAAGCGGGUCUCUCCUCAUGUCGGCCUCGCCUGUGGACACUGCAGUGAUGGUUUGGGAUGUCGCUGCAGAAAGCUGCGUGGCACUACAGAGGGUCGGAGGAGGUGGGGUCACCUUCCUGUCCUGGUCCCCUGACGGCAGCCAUGUCCUUGCUUCAACACCGUCUUCCCUGUUCAGGGUUUGGGAGACCAGGAUGUGGACCUGUGAGCGUUGGCCAUGCGUGAAAGGGCGCUGCCAGUCGGGCUGUUGGAGUCCAGAUGGGAGUCGACUUCUCUUCACCGUGCAGGGAGAGACGGUCAUCUAUGCUCUGACCUUCACUGACACACCAGCAGGUAUUCCUACACGCACCUCGAAAGGGCCAAUGGCAGCAGCGGUGGUGGCUGACCUGUCGGAGACAACCUUUAACACGCAGGAUGGAGACAUCAUUGUUGGAGGAGAGAUCCAGUCUUUAGCCUGGGAUCCAAGAGGAGAGAGGCUUGCAGUGCUUCUUAAAGGUCACCCACAGGCAGCAGACAGGCCUGCAAUUAUCGCAGUGUUCAAGACGAGGACCAACCCCAUUUUUGAGCUCUUGCCGUGUGGUUUUGUUCAAGGGGAGCCUGGUGCAGAGCCGAGACUGAUGCAGUUCCACCCGAAUUUCCAGCACGGAGCUCUGCUCACUGUGUGUUGGUCCACCGGAAGAAUUACCCACGUGCCUUUCUACUUCCUGAGCGCCGGCAUCCCCCAUUUUGGCCUGAGUGGCAGUCCGCUACUGCCUCGCCCACAGGAAAGGCCUUCUGCCUCGGCCAAUCAGUCGCUCUUCACAGAGUUCAUCUCUUGACCCACCAAUCACUCACCAUCACACACUCACAAGUCAUUUUUGUUAUCAUGGAUUGUCAAUAAAUGUUUAGAAUGUUCCUUCUA